AUGUACAUCCAUUUUGACGUUGUAUUUAAUGUUUGUCAGGUUGACACACAUAUCCACGCAACUGCCUGUAUGAGUCAAUACUCAUUGCUGAAGUUCAUGAGACGUAAAGCUAAGAAUAGCCCCGAUGAUAUCGUGGCGGAGAAAGAUGGAAAAAAGUUGACCAUACUUGAGGUAUGAAAAUCGAUUUAAGAUUCCCUACUUUUAAUUAAUUUACAUUGCAAUUAGUGUCAUAUUACCCUUCAAAAACUCAUUAAUAAUUAAUAAAAAAUCAAAAAAUUCAAAAACUCAUUAAUAAUAAGCGUGUCGUAUCUUUAUAUGUGAUAGAGAUUUCCCUUGAUUUACAUAAACUUUAACUUUGAUUUUCUCGACUUACACAACGUAUUUUUUGAAAAUGAGUUCGCCAAUGAACUUACUAGAUCGAUCGUUUUUUAAGCAAUUUAAAACAUUCAAUUCGCAGUGCGUGUUUUAUCAGACCUAAAGAUACUCGGCUUCGCCUCGUAUCUUUAUAUCUGAUAAAACACUGCUGCUCAUGUUUUAUAUAGUACAUAAAAUGUUUCACUUUAUGAUCGCUGGAUAGUACUGGUUAUUCGAAAUUCGAUUGGCUUAAUCCUAGGUUAGGGUAAAGUUUAAAACAAAUUCGCCCCACUUUUCGAAAAAUCUUGUUAUAAAACGAACCGACGUGCAGAAAUGUGCAAACCAAAACUCAAUUUGAAUAUUUGAUGCUGCAUGGCCGGUUCUUUUUUCGGCAAUACUCCUGGUGUAAAUUCUAUGCAGGACACACCCAGGAGUAGGGCAACUCCAUAAAGUGAUUCAUUGCAAUUGAGUGAGAAUUAACAGCCUACAAUGACAAAUCUUCAUAUACGAAAAAUCAGUUUUGUAGGCCAAAAAAUAGCGGCCUACAAUUUCAUAAUUUGUUGGCCAACUUUUCGUCCAGUUUUAAACACUGGAAAUCCCGGCUUGCCGAAUGGCUGGUCAGAUAAGGUUUUGGCAGCGAAGAAACACAAAAACUAAACAUUCCGAAAUACUUUUAAUCGCAAAACAUCAUGCAUGCAAAGGAACAUUUAAAAAAUUGUGAAUGUGUAGGUCAAUAUUGAAAUAUGUUGGUCAAACCUAGCAUUCGGCCUGCAAUAUUUGAAAAUAAUUGUAGACCAGAAAAAUUCUUAUAGUAUAAGCCAUGAUCUGUUCAGCUUUAAUGUUGGAGUAAAUUGACACUAUGCAUCAUGCAUGUACAACGCCCCUGACUAUGUUGAUUGUGUUUGAUUAUUUUAGUUCUUUGACAGUCUUGGUCUAAGUCCUGACGAUCUUAGUGUGGAUAGUUUGGAUGUUCAUGCA